GGAGGAGUACGGAGGUAAAGUCAAGGAUUUUGUAGUUGGUAACAAUGUAAGAAACUAAACAGUUUUGAAAACAAAUCCCAGCUGGACUACAGUAGAUGCUCCACUUCGCUUCAUUGUUAACUUUUUUGUUUUGGACAAGGUGAAUAAGAUAAAUCAUGGCAAAGGUUUUCAGUGAGCGCCUCUCCUUGGAGCGCAGGUUACGCACGGCUGUUUGGGCGCUCCUGCUUUGCGCACAGGCCGGGUUUGGCUUCUCAGUCGCCGGACAGCAGGAGAGCACCUGCGAGGCCAACGGCAGCUUAUACUACGUCGGGGAAUGGUAUUUUCUGGACUCUGAUCACUGUACCCAGUGUGAGUGCACUGCCGAGGGCUCCGCAUGUGCCCGUACUGAGUGCACCUCCCUACCUGCUGCAUGCAUCCAUGUCAGCCACUACCCCACCGACUGCUGCCCUAGGUGCGAGAAGAUCGGUUGUGAGUACCGAGGUGUGGUAUACGAGCUGGGGCAGAAUUUCCAGCCAUCAGAAUGUGAGCAGUGCACUUGUGACAGUGAUGGUAUUGCCCGCUGUCUGGUUGCAGAUUGUGCCCCUCCACCAUGUGUCAACCCUGUCUACGAGCCGGGAAAAUGCUGCCCUGAAUGCAAGGAGGGACCCAACUGCUACGCUGACGCCUCACGCAGUCAGGUGAUUCCUGCAGGAGAGCCCGUCUGGGUCGACUCCUGCACCAAGUGUCGCUGUCACGAUGGCCAGGACGCCGGCUACUGGGAGGGAAACCGCCUCGCCACCUGUUCCCGCCUCAAAAAUUGUACACCUGAACAACCGUCCACCCAGCAAAACUGAUUCAAUCCGUCAGCAGAGAACCAGCUGUCUUCCCAAAACACAUAUUUCUUAAAGGAUGAUCAGCUCUACACCUUCUAUGUCUAAGACCGUGCUGAACCCUACUCUGCGGCUGAAAAUGUCAUCUUAAAUGCCAGACGUAACGGAUCAUCUGCAACCACAGAAAUGAUUGGGAACAGCAACCAAAGACUUUAAGCUCAGUUGCCAUUUCACAAGGAUAAUCCAUCUUAUAUUUUCAUGACACUGAGGAGACCCACUGAAUUUGUCACUUUGGAGGACAAUGAUGGGCCAUCACCUUUCCUCAUCUGUUCUGCAAAUCACAAACAAGGGCGAAAUUCAAGGCUGGAGGUCAAAGCUCCGGGUUCACUGUCACAUGUCAGUGGGUUUUUGGCAAUUCAAUUCACUGCAGACUUGCAAAACUAAACUACAAUAUCAACAAAAGCAGGUCCAGUGUUAUUAUCUAAAGCUGUGGUCCUGCCAGUGUUGUUAUUAUUUUACUUCAUUUUGUGCCCAGGUGGUGCAUAUUCCUAAAUAAGAUUGCGUUUAAUUAGUUCAUUUAAUUACCACAAACUAACUCACACACAGGCGCCUCAGGCCCAGCGUAGACUUACUGGUUGGUGCAUGCACAGAGGGCGGCUGGUGGAGGCGCCCAACACCAAACUGUUUCAACCCA